AUGGCGCAAAAUCAGCAAAGGGCGGAGGCAACCAUUAUGCAAAAUCGGCAAAGGACGGAGGCAACCAUUAUGCAACAUCAGCAAAGGACGGACUCCGAAAUGCAGGACAUAAGAAAUCAGAUAAGUCAAAUGGCCACAACAAUCAACCGUUUGGAGUCCCAAGUAAAUGGAAGAUUGCCAUCCCAACCUGAACUGAACCUGAAGAACGUAAGCGCAAUGACUUUAAGGAGCGGGAAGGAAAUUCAGGGGCCUGAACCUAUGAUCCCUAAGGAUAAGGAUGAGGAAAAGAUCGAAAAUGAACUUGAGAGGGAGGACAGCAAUUGUGCAGAUCUAAAGGUACUUCCAGACCCAAUAAUUACAGUUAAAACUAAUCCUCCUCCAUUUCCUUGCAGGUUGGAAAAAUCGAAGAAGCAGGACAAGGAGAAAGAGAUCCUGGAGGUCUUUCGCAAGGUAGAAAUCAAUAUCCCCCUACUAGACGCCAUCAAGCAAGUGCCGAAGUAUGCAAAAUUUUUGAGGGACCUAUGUGUCAAUCGAAGGAGGCUGAGGGGAGAUGAAAGAGUUAUUGUUGGGGAGAAUGUGUCAGCAGUUCUCCAAAGAAAGCUACCACCAAAGUGUGGGGAUCCAGGUAGGUUUACUGUCCCAUGCAAGAUAGGUAAUACUCUGAUUAGAAAUAUCUUGCUGGAUUUAGGAGUAUCGAUCAACGUAAUGCCAAAAUCUAUGUAUGCUUCUCUGAAUCUCGGUCCAUUAAAAGAAACCGAGAUAAUAAUUCAAUUAGCUGACCGAACAAAUGCAUACCCUGAUGGGUUGGUCGAGGAUGUGCUGGUUAAAGUUAAUGAAUUGAUAUUCCCGGCUGACUUUUAUGUACUUGACAUGGAUGAUGAUCAUUCCCCUGACCCCUCACCUUUGCUACUAGGUAGACCCUUUUUUAGCACAGCACAGACAAAAAUUGACGUUAAUAUGGAAUUUUCUGAGUUUGCUUGUAGGGAUAAAUUCAAACUUACUGAGAACAAGUAUAAGGGGAUGAAAGCACUGUAUGAGGUGAAAAGGAGUAGAAAAUUAAGAAAGAAGGCUGCACUCAAAGGCUAUUUGGAUCCUAGGGGGGGCCACCGAUUUCCAGGAAAAUUGAGUUACACCCAGAUUGAAGAGUGGUGUUCAAUGUCUAGCCAAAGACAUUAA